AUGAGCUCGGGUAUGACUAGAGGCUCGGGGGGCCCACGUAAAUAUGCCCACAAUGUCGACGCCGCUCGAGAACGGGAAAUGCACCUGUACCUCCCGUACUGGGGCUACUCGACAUCAGAAAAGUUUGCUCAAAAAUCAUGCGGGAAUAGGCCCAAUGCGUCGCGCGACAAUGUUCUCACAGUAUUCGCCCAACUUGCAAGUUUGCGCUUGAAUGCGAAAAGAGCUCUCAUCUCACUCUUCGAUCGGACUACCCAGCAUAUUGUCGCCGAAGCAACUCCUCGACUUAGUCUUCGUGGCGCCGAAGAUGAUGACAAGAGCCUUUGGCAAGGCGUUCAGCAGCUUCCACGCGAAAGUAUCCCAAUGUGCAAUAUGGCGAUGCAAACGUUUACAAAGGACGGAGGGGAACAUUUUGUUGUCCUCGAUCUUACCCAAGAUCCCCAAUUUCAUUCCCAUGCCUCUGUUACGGGUCCGCCUCAUAAUCGAUUUUACGUCUCCGUACCCAUAAUGUCACCCGAUGACUAUGUGAUCGGGAGCAUUGCUGUUUUGGAUGAUAAACCACGAGUGGCCUUGACUGAGGAGCAAAUACAGGUUUUAAAAGAGCUCAGUCUAACGGUCAUGGAUCACCUCAUGUCACAAAGAGCCAUGCGAGAGGAGGACCGCGAGGAAAGAAUGGUGAGAGCACUCGGGCUUUUCGUACAAGGGAAAUCGGAUCUUGCCGAUGGAAUCGACAGCCAUUAUCACCCUGAAAACAAGGCUGGUCAUCAGCUCGCCGAGAUCAACCGAAAGCUAGAAAGCUUUCAGCUCUCAGAUGCCAUCUCUCAAGGCCCAAAAGAGGCGGCGUCAGAAGAAGCUUCACCUGAUGAUUUGAAUGGCCGUUCCAACAACCAGGAACAAAACACGAGAGGAAGAAUUGCCGAAAUCACCAACUCUGCCAAGAACCAGACCUCCGACGAAGGCACACAAAGCAAUAGAAGUGGAUCGCCUAUUCACACAUUCAAACUCGACGAGGGCAAGAUCAAAGGACCAGAGGAAGAAGACAAAAAUAAGCAGCGACCGCCUCUCUCGCCCACCACAGGCCACCUACAGGAGAAACUAGCUCCAUCCAGCGUUCAACACGUACUUGACCGCGCUUCGUGCUUGAUGAAUCAGGCGUUGGACGUGGAAGGGGCUAUGUUCCUUGAUGCAAGUGUGUAUGUUCGACGCCAGAUGCUUGGUCCCACAGAUAGGAAAAGCGAGAGCGAACCCCGAGAUUUCGAGAUUGAACAUGAGACUAAAACCCAUUGGGAAAACAUGGGAGCCGAUAAUUCCGGGCCCAAGAGUUUAGUCUUGGGGUAUUCAACAACAUCAUCAGCCUCGAGUGAGGAGAUUGAUCACGAGGCCCGUCACUAUCUUUCUUUGCCAGGUGCCUUCAUUAGCCAUCUCAUCGAAAGAUACCCUCGCGGGAAAAUCUUUCACAUUGAUGAUGAUGGAACUAUCGCAGUGAGUUAUGAGGGCUUGGCGGAUGAUGUGAGUCAGGCCUACUUUGUCGGCGGAAAGAAGGUCGCCGAAGGGUCUCCUGAAGAAAAGGAUAUCCGCCAAGAAAACAUGGACAUCAAGUACCUCCACAGGGCGCUGCCUGAUGCCCGGUGUAUUGGUAUUUACCCGAUUUGGGACUUCCAGCGGAGUCGGUGGUUUACGGUGAACCUGGUUUGGUCCAAUGACCCUGGCCGAGUAUUAUCAGAACCAAAGGACCUGACAUACAUGGCUGCUUUCAGCAACAGCGUGAUGGCAGAAGUGUCGAGAAUGGACUUAGAAGCCGCUGAUCGAGCAAAAGGGGCUUUCAUAUCGUCUAUCUCGCAUGAACUACGAUCUCCACUGCAUGGCGUGCUCGGUACCGUUGAGCUACUGCAGGAAUCAGUCAACACCUACUCCCAAAGAGGACUUGUCGAAACAGUUCACAGCUGUGGCCGAACUCUGCUUGAUACACUCAAUCACCUUCUGGACUACGCCAAGAUAAACACUUUGACUCAGUCCCGGGGCAGUGAUGGAGGCGAUGAGAAAACGUACCGUUCGAAAGCAAGACCCACAGUUCCUGGUGUCAUACAAGACCAAAAUCUCAGCGCUCUUGUGCAAGAAGUUGUCGAAGGCUUACUUGCAGGACGCGAGUUCCAAGAAAGAGAAGACACACUUGCACCUGGAUCACGAAAGGAAGACCGCAAAUCUUCUCAAGUGUCUCAGAAUGGAGAUGAUCGAUCUCGACUACUGACGGUAGUUGAUAUACAGUGGCAAGAAAACUGGCAUUACUCUGUCUAUGCCGGGGCCUGGCGCCGGAUAGUAAUGAAUUUGUUUGGAAAUGCUCUGAAAUAUACCGAGGCAGGCUAUGUCAGCCUUUUCAUGAAAAAAGAUACGAUCAGCGUACAUGACGAAAACCCAGUGCCAGCUGUCCGCAUCACCAUUGCCGAUUCUGGUCGGGGCAUGUCGCAAGACUAUCUACUCCACGAUCUCUACACUCCCUUCAUCCAGGAGGAUAAUCAAUCCCCAGGUCUUGGAGUGGGCCUGAGCCUUGUACACCAGAUUGUGAAAUCACUCCAUGGAAAAAUUGAGAUUCGGAGCAAAGUCGGUCAAGGCACGGAAGUUGACGUUAUCCUUCCCAUUUCUGGACCCAAGUCAACCCCCACAUCGAAAUGUCCCUUCCUUGGCCUGCAAAAACGUUUGAAGGGAAAAAGCGUUUCAUUCUUCACCACGAGCUUCGAGCGAGGCGAUCUUGGCAUCAAAAAGCAAGUCUUCAGUGAUAUCCACUCUAGUUUGACACGGAUGGUUCAAGAUUGGUUCGACCUCGAAGUUCUCGAUCAGAGCGAGUUGCAGCAAAAGCGCCCCGAUUUCCUGAUUGUCACUGAACAUGAAUAUCGAACCUUUGCUCAUAGUUCUGAGGAUUCCGACAUCCGACGGUCAAUGGAAACCCAGCACGCAUACCCUCUGAUAGUCUUGAGUGGCCAUACAGGUAACUGGAAAGUGGUGAGAGAGAAUUCGCGAGAUCGGGCGAUUUUCCUCUCGCAGCCAGUCAGUCCAAAGACUUUAGAAAAGGCCUUCAAAUAUUGUCUCGACAAUGAAGGAAAUGAGUUCAAUGAGGAUUCUUUAUCCCCAUAUCUCGUUGAGAGUCACGAGAUUCAACGCAUCCCUGGAAUCGACAUCAAAAACUUGGAUUCGACGCAAUCAGAAAUCAAACAGUCCCUCGAUGUGCACAAUUCAGAUCUUUACUCAGAUGAUAGGCCGAAAGUACUUCUCGUCGAAGAUAACCCAGUUAACCUGAAGAUCAUCGAGGCAUGCGUUAAGAACGCCAAACUCCCGUAUGAAACCGCAGUCAACGGUCUUGAAGCACUGAACAAAUACAAGUCCACGAGAUUUGACGCCGUUAUCAUGGAUAUCUCGAUGCCCGUAAUGGAUGGACUUUCGGCAGCCCGAGAAAUGCGCCAUUUUGAGAAGAUGGGCAAAUUGGAUCCCAGCAUUAUUAUUAUCUUGACUGCGUUCAUAUCCGCCGAGACGCAGCAAGAGGCAGCGAUAAGCGGAGUAGACGAAUUUUUGACGAAGCCCACGCCCUUGAAGCAGCUUAAACAGAUGCUGCUGAACUUGCCACGCCGCAAUUCCACGAUUCACUCAUGA